GCCAAACCAGUGGCGUCAAUAUUCUUUGCAUCACCAUCGUCCCUGUGGGCCGGGGUUGAUUAACCUUAAUCGCCAGACCCGACCAAGGAGGGACCUCGCUUAUCGAUAAACGCGCGACCGACAUCGCUACGGGGCGGUGCCGCUACCCCGGGAUAUUUACGGAGUUGCACGGCAUCUGCCCCACUACCCCACCAAUUGUCAGCGCCCGGCGACGAUGACAGUCUGGCGGAUUCCAUUUAUCCCCACAUGCAUUAUUGACAUGCCUUGUUGGAGACACUUGACACCUUCAAAUUCACUGAUCAGGAGAGAGCUUGUGACUCGGGGACUGCGCCGCAUUCACACACCAACAGCAUUUUGUAAUCAUCAGUCGGGCGGAGGUUUGAGACAACUACGAUCCGAAAAUCCACCGACCAUCCGCCAAGUUUCUUGGGAUAUAUUAUCAACUCAUCUCACCACCCAACUCAUCCGACAUACGACUCAUUCUCUGGGUCACAUCUCACAACCUCUCUUCCGCCGUAACCAUUCAACCAUCACCACCAAAACACCACCAAAAAUGUCCCUUCCAAACCCAGACAACCGCCCCCUCCUAAUCGGGCCUCCCACCGGCCCCGAGCCCCCCUUCCCCUUCCGCAUGGAAGGCAAAGUGAUCUCCGGCUUCGGCCGCGGCUCCAAAGACCUCGGCAUCCCCACCGCCAACCUGCCCGUCGACGACGAAAACACCUGGAUCAGGAACAUCGACUCGGGCGUCUAUUUCGGCUGGGCCUCGCUCAAGCUGCCCGCUUCGCAUCCCAACUCGGUCUUGUACCAGAAACCUCCCACUUCUGAGCCGGUUAUGGAGCCUAUUACCCAGCAACAAAAUCAACAAAAAGAAGGAGGAGAAUCAGCCCAAGAAGAAAAACUCCAAGACCAACAAACCGGCCAAUGGCAGAUCUACCCCAUGGUCAUGUCCAUCGGCUACAACCCCUUUUACAAGAACACGGUGCGCUCGGCCGAGGUGCACGUUUUGGAGAAGUUCGGGGCGGACUUCUACGGGGUGGAGAUGAGGCUUUUGGUUAUGGGGUUCAUUCGGAAUGAGAAGGAUUAUAGCGGGCUGGAGGCGUUGAUUGCUGAUAUCGAGUUUGAUUGUGAGGUGGCGAGACAUAGUUUGGCGAGGAAGGGGUGGAGGGUUAGGGAUUUGGGUGUGAAAGAAGGGGAGGAGGAGGGAGAAUUGGAUGGGAGGAGAUUAAAUGAAGGGCGAUGGGUACGGGCCGAGAAGAAAUGAAGGGCGAUUGGAAAGAUUAGACUUGUGCGAGGUGUGGGAAUAAUGACUGGAUAGCAAGACUAUAGAAUCUAGAGAUGUAAAGCUGGGUUGGAGUGUCAGGGAGGAAAGAGGCAUCUAUAUAAGAAGAGACGAGACAGUUUUUGGAUUAGAAGGAGAGGGCAAGAUACUGGGAGAAAAAUUCGAAUAUAUGUAGGUCGUCAUGAGAAAGAGACGCGCUGGUCAAGGCAGUGUUAGUUUGACAUUACCCAUGGAGGUGAGUACAAUCUAAUGCUAGUUUGUUUGUUAGUUUGGAACUCCUGGUAUACUGGACGAGAUCUAUCCCGAAUUGUCCCAGACCUCACAAGGAUAAAAUGAAUGGCUAGGUAGGGUUCAGAAAGCUAUUAAGAAGAUUCAAUAUAACAUAUUGAAUUUCGGAAGAAGCAUAUUCGAAGUAAAAUCACGCUUUGGUUAUAGAACGAAACGAAUUAAUUAGAC